AUGUCGAGCAGAACGGAAACAUGUACCAUUUGUUGGAUGAUACCUUUUGAUUUUCAAAGAUCCAUGCUUGUUCAUAGGACUGAUGAUCAUCAUCCCCCUCCGUCUGAGACAGCUAUCUGCAGGAUAGCAAAAAGUACAGUUCAAAAUUCAAAGCCUGGUUUUGCACAUCUGAGCUUUACAAGUAAGAAUCAGGAGCAUAUGAUGUUUAAUCCAAGUUUAUUCGUUGUCAGCUAUAUUCCGCUUGAGUGUUGUCUCGAGUUUUCUUUUCAUUUGCCUGUCUUUCUUUACUUUUUGACAAGCUGCUUCUACUAUGAGGCGUACUCCCGUGCAAAGGUGGCGGUAGAAAAGUAA